AUGAUUUCUAUUUCAGAAAAGCCUCCAACAAAAUCUGAAAGACAACAUUGUUGGGAAGCUAGAGACAUUUUUUUUCAUUGCUUAGAUAAGAAUUCUAUUAUUAAUCCUUUAACACAGAGUGAAAAGAUUCGAUUAACAUGCUUAUUAGAAGAAAAAACUUUUAAGAAUAGUUGUGCAAAAAGCUGGAUAGAAUAUUUUGAAAAAAAAAGAGUUGCAGAUAUUCAGAAAGAUAAUUUUUACAAAAAGCUAAAUGAAAUGAACAAAGAACAAUUGAAAUAA